AUGGCGAACCAACCGCCAAAUUUUCAUGUUAUACCUCACCAUAUUCAUGCACUUGGUCAUGUCGAACUUCUUAUGCCUGGGCAAGUGGCAGUCCCUGCGCCUCAUCAUCUUCCCCCUAUCGACAACGACAACCCGGCGGAAUUCUUCCACCGGAACCGCAACCAAGCAGUGGUCUGCGUAAUAUGCGGUGUCAUAUUGAAACCAACGAUUUCCUCGGGGAUUGGCAACCCGGUGCGUGAUUGGAUGCGUCCAGGCUUGAUCAAAGCCAAACCUGGAUUCUUCGAAUGGUGUCGAUCCCAGGAAGGGGACAAGGGCCGUGGAUCUCGCUCCGAAGAUCAUGAAAAACAGAUAGAUUUCUAUCGGGUCCGUCAUUUUUUGGGCGGCCCUACAGGCUUCUAUCUAACAAACAACGUCACCAAUGUGGCAAUCGACACUCGUGAUACUGAAAUGUACUUGCCAGUUCAUCAUUCAUGCUUCCAGGUUGCGAAAAGCUUUUGUCGCUACCAGUCUCGGUUUGAUAUGAAUUUCCGGGAUGUAUACAACCAGCAAGGUGCACAUGGAGGAACACCUACUGGCAUCGCGCAUUUUUAUGAGAUAUGGAUGAAGCGCGCGCUCCUGAUGGAGCCUGGAAACCUCGGUCCUCUCCAGCAUCCUAUUGACGAGCCGAACCGGUACCUCGGCGUCACAUUUGUAAAUGAUUUGCGAUUAUAUGGCAUUUACUUGCAGCGAAACUCCCCGGAGUUUCGCGAUCCUCGCUCUCAUCCUCGCUUGACGACAAUCAAUAUUAUAAAACUCGCAAAGCGCAUGAACAUCCGUCAGAUCAGUCACCAACAUCGUGACAUCGGCACAUUUUUCGCGUGCCGCAUGCUGGCUCGAGCAAUAAAGGAUAAGCUGCCUCCCGAGAUUCGCAACCGUAUUUACGAGGAAAUGGAGCCUUUCGAGGAUCUCCAACUCGAUGAAAUGAUGUGCACGCGUGUUUUGCCUCCGCGGUGGUGGAGAGACCGAUUGUUCAAUGGGGAUCUGAUCCCCUGGUUGUUCGACUUGGACAUCGAUAUGGCGCGAGAGAUGAAUGGCCAUGGAGAAGAUUGGGACGAUGGCUUGGACUGGGAGUAUCUGUGCCGACAGCUGGCCCAUCCUAGCGUCAACUCUCGCUUGCUUUCCGGCAUGGAUUAUCUCAAGAACCGCCGUCGCAUCUGGACGAUCCUGGGAAAGGCUACCCUUGGUACGAUUGGCUGCCGCCGCCAAAAUAGUACCUCUUAG